AAGAUUGUGCAGAGCUUGAAGGAGAUCGUGAACUGCUCAGAGCUCGAGAUCUAUGCGAUGCUUAAAGAGUGUAAUAUGGAUCCUAGUGAGGCUGUUCAUCGUCUCUUGACUCAAGAUGCUUUUCAUGAGGUGAAGAGCAAACGGGAGAAGAAAAAGGAGACAAAAGACACCCCAGACUCCAGGUCACGAUCUGUGAGUAUCAACCAACAUCAUGGAGCUAGAGGUGGCACUGAUCGUGGGGGACGUGCUAGUUCCAACCAGAAUAGCUCCUACAAUUAUGGAGCUUCUCACGCUAAACCUGCGCACAAAAAAGAAAAUGGGACAAAUAUUGGUCCUGCUCUUGCUGGAUCUGGCACUGGAGGAAGUAAUCUCAACCGAAGAUCAGCAACAUUUUGCGAAGCUGUUCCUGUGCAAAACACAACACAGUGUUCGUUCAUAAUUGAUGGUCCCUCUUUGCCUUCACAACCGCCAUCGGGAUUCCAACAUAACUGGUCACGAGUUCCAGGCCAACCAUCAAUGGCAGAUAUUGUUAGGAUGGGUAGGCCUCAAGGCAAGCCUUCCAACACUCCUGUGGCAAGUGAUACACUCCAUGCGUCACAUGAUCCAAUCACAUCAAACAUCUCACAUCAGAGCGCAAUGUUACCACCGACAACAAUUGCACCAUCAGAAUCAGCUCAAGAGUUUCACUCUUCUCAAGGUCCUAUUUCAGGGGAUGAAGGGAGAAGUCAUGAGCUUGGCCCUGGUGCAGACCAUUUUAUUUCACAUGAUGAUUGGUCCCUAGUUGGUGAGACAUCUGCAGGAAGUGGUUCAACCCAUCCAGAAAUAUCUGGUGCAUCUGUGCAUGCUGACCCAUCUAAGUCAUCUAGUUUACUCCCUGAUGAGGCUAACUUAGAACGAGAACAUUAUUUGGAUGAGAACCAGUUACGAGAGGAAGAUGUUAAUGGGGACUAUAUACCAUCAGACUCCAUUAGAUCAGGAUCCAUAUCUGAUGGACAAGAUGAGGAUAAUUCCGCGGAUAGUACUGAUCUAGAUGACGGCCCACUAAAUGACAUGUCUCACCAUUCUCAUUUGAAUUCAUUUGAACAUCAUGAAGUUGAGGAUGUCAAUGAGAACAUAUCAUUAGCCGCUACAAAUUUGCAGCAGUUAAGUCUACAGAAGGAAGAGCUUGACACCUCAUCUGCUGAUGACAAACCUGCAGUAAUAAUUCCCAGUCACCUGCAGGUUACGAAUGCUGAUUUCUCACAAUUGAGCUUUGGUAGUUUUGGUUCUGGUGUCAAUGCUACACCUGCUGGAUCAUUUCCAUCAAAACCCCCUGGAGCUAAUUUGGAGAUAGCCUCAGUGACAGAAGAUAUCACUCUAGAUCAUUUGAAUUCGAGGAAUCCUGAAUACUAUGAUGGCGAACAGCUAAAGUCUGCCUUAAAUGAGGGUAUGACAUCCAUAACUAGCACAAACACAAGGAGUUUUGAUAUGCCUUCAGCUUCUCAACCUGAGAAUGUCAGUGAUGCUGCCGUGAAUGCUGCACAUGGACUUCAGGGAAAUUUUCCAUCUGUCUCCGGUUAUGAUGUGUCAGCCACCACACAACCAACUGCAACAUAUACUUAUCCAGAUCCUAAUUCACAAAUCCAAAAUCUUUCUCCAUUUUCAAGUAUAAUGCAACCAUAUACCAACCCUUUACCAAGCAAUUUACCAAGCAGUUUAUUGGCACAAACCGGACAACCUCUUCGAGAUUUUGACCUCCCUUUCUCAUCUUUACUUGGAACUACAAGAUACAACACAGUGACACCCGCUGUUAGUGGGUCCAUUUCCGUGCCAGAGGUGAAGCCUGAGGCUCAGCUAACUCAGCAAGCCCUGCCUGGCUCCAGCAUUCACAGUACUGGCAGCCCGCAACUCCCUCAACAUUUAAUCCACCCUUACUCUCAGCCUACCCUCCCUCUCGGCCAUUUUGCAAACAUGAUCAGCUACCCUUUUCUCCCUCAGAGCUACACUUUCCUACCCUCAGCAGCCUUCCAGCAAGGCGCUGCAGCUAUGAAGUAUAGUCCAUUACUACCUCAGUACAAGAGCAGUGUCUCUGGCAGCAGCUUGCCUCAGUCUCUCCCUCUUCCUCCUGGUUACGGAGGCUUCACUAGCGCAUCAAACAACAUCGGUGGAAAUUUCUCCCUAAAUCCUUCCACUGCCUCGGCCAGCACAACUAUGGGAUUUGAGGAAGCUUUGAGCUCCCAGUACAAAGAGGGGUCGCAAUAUCUCCAACUUCAACAACAUAGUGAGAACCCUGCAAUGUGGGUUCACGGAGCAGGAUCAAGAACUGUAUCAGCUCUCCCUGGCAAUACAUUCUACGGGUUCCAGGGGCAGCAAAGACAGCAGCAGCAACCGUCGCAGUAUGGGCAAAUGGGUCAUUUGAACUUGUACCAGUCACAGGGAGGACAAGCUCAAGAACAGCAGCAGCAUCAGCAGAACGCAAGUGAAGGGAAUUUGAGCGGUGGCGCUCAGGGCCCAGCGUCUCACAACCAAAUCUGGCAACACGGAUACUGAUCUUAUCUUUUGUUGCUGAGAAUGGUUUAAAGCUUUGGUUUGAUCACUGGAGUCAUGGUUAUUAUAAUUUUUGAUCGAAUCGAAUGUACAUAAGAACCAUUUGUGUUAAGUGUACUAUUGGAAUGCUCGAGUGUUUUAAUUGUAACAUGAACUUUUGAGUUGUGCUCUUCAUUAGAUUUCUUUGUAACGAUGAUUAUUCUAAAUUAAUCUAACGCGCUCUUGGUUUCCGAUUC